AUGCAGCUCGUCUCCAUCAGCGUUCGAUGGGCACAGGAUUUUUUGGGGCUGGUUGUGUAUGAGGCCGGGCGCUUGCGAAGCAUUAGAGGGGUGGCUGAGGAGCCAUCGGAAAGGGACCAGCCUGUGAUGCUGGACAUGCGGCUGGGAUCUCGUGUGUGGCCAGCACAAGGUUCAGCUCUUUUGCCAAAGCUGCUUUUUGCCCUGCCCCGUGGGACACUCCUGAGCACCUGCCUGGUCUCUAAAUGGGUCUGGCCUCACCGGUCCCAUGGCUGCUGUUACUGGAAGAGUAUCCGCAAAGAUGCGGGGGCUAAAUCCAUCCGUAGCCCAUGGGGCUUUGAAGCUACUGAGCUUCCUCAGGUUACAGCCAAGACUGCCUUCCUGUUUAUCUUACCUCAGUACAACGUUAGCGUGCCUACAGCAGAUGGGGAGCUGGUCCAGUAUCACUACGGGCUGAAGGAUCUGGUCACCAUUCUCUUCUACAUCUUCAUUGCCAUCAUCCUGCAUGCGGUGGUGCAGGAGUAUGCUCUGGACAAAAUCAAUAGGCGUCUCCAUCUCUCCAAGGUCAAACACAGCAAGUUCAAUGAAUCAGGACAGCUGGUUGCCUUCCACCUCACCUCCAUGGUUUGGUGCUUGUACGUCGUGGUGACGGAAGGAUACAUAUCAAACCCCCGGAGUCUGUGGGAAAACUACCCGCAUGUUUAUCUUCCGUUCCAGGUGAAGUUUUUCUACUUGUGCCAGCUGGCAUACUGGCUGCACGCCCUGCCGGAGCUCUACUUCCAAAAAGUUCGCAAGGAGGAGAUUCCCCGCCAGCUGCGGUGCAUCGCGCUCUACCUGGUACACAUCGCCGGCGCGUACCUCCUCAACUUAACCCGCUUGGGGCUGAUUCUCUUGCUGUUGCAGUACUUAGCCGAAUUCUUCUUCCACAUGGCCCGGCUGGUUUACUUCACUGAUGAGAACAACGAGAAGCUGUUUAACGUGUGGGCUGUCGUGUUCGUGGUCACCAGGCUCUUCACCCUCACCUUGUACAUCCUGGUCAUCGGUUUUGGGCUGCCACGGGUGGAGAACCAGGCCCUUGACCCCGAGAGAGGGAACUUCUUCAGCUUUCUCUUCAACAAUAUCCUCUUCAGAAUGAGUGUGCUGCUGUUGGUGUGCCUCUUCCAGGCCUCGGUGAUGUGGCGCUUCAUCCACUUCCAGCUGCGGCGCUGGCGGGAGUACUGGAACGAGCAGAGCAGUCGGAAGCGAGCCGCUGCCAGCGCCCAGCAGCAAGCCAAGCCGCUCAAGAGAUCCCCAGGUUACCAUGAAAAUGGAGUGGUGAAAGCGGAGAAUGGCACCUCGCCGCGAACCAAGAAGCUGAAAUCACCAUAG